AGGCCGAGGAGAAGCCGGACGAGCAGGACGGGCCAGCCGAGCCCGCCGCAGGCGCGCCGAAGGGGCCCGGAGACAAGGCGCCCCCGCUGCAGUUCGCCUCGCUCUACGUCGGCGACCUGCACCCGGACAUCGCCGAGGCCACCCUGUACGAGGCGUUCCAGUCCGCGGGCAACGUGGCGUCUUGCCGCGUGUGCCGCGACAGCGUGAGCCGCAAGUCGCUCUGCUACGGGUACGUGAACUACUACACGGUGGAGGACGCGGAGAAGGCGCUGGAUACUCUGAACUACAUGUCCAUCAAGGGGAAGCCUUGCCGGAUCAUGUGGAGCCAGCGGGAUUCGACCCGGAGGCAAAGCACCAACAGCAACAUCUUCGUGAAGGGACUCGACCUGUCUAUCGACAACAAGGCGUUGCACGAUACCUUCAGCGUCUUUGGGCACAUCCUCUCAUGCAAGGUCUCCAUGGACAACUCGGGAAAGUCACGGGGUUACGGCUUUGUGCACUACGAGUCGGAGCAGGCGGCCAAGGAGGCCAUCUCCAAGGUCAACGGGAUGAGGGUCGGCGAGAGCAUCGUCACCGUCGCGCCCUUCAAGGCGCGCGAGGGGGCGGAGGCCAAGGACACCGACGAGUCCUACACGAACCUGUACAUCAAGAACAUGCCAGAGGACUGGGACGACGACAAGAUCCUGAGCGUCUUCGGCGAGUUCGGUGAGGUUGUCUCUUCGGUCAGCAUGAAGACCGACGACGGUAAGCGCUUCGCGCUCUUGAACUUCCAGGAGAGUGAGUGUGCUAAGGCCGCAGUGGCGGCCUUGCACAAGAAGGACAUGCGCAAGGAGAGCGAGAUCUUGGCGGACACGGAGAAGGAAAAGGAGGCUGCGAAGGUCGACGAGGAGAAGGAGACCGGAGACGCUGGCGCCGACGAAGCCAAGGGGGAUGACGCGGCAGAAGCAGCGGCACCAGAGGGUGGUGCGAAAGGCAAGAAAGGCAAAGACGACGACCAUCCUGACCAUCUGCUUUACGUUCAGCGCGCGCAGACUCGCUCGGAGCGGCAGGCCCUGCUGGCCGAGCGGAAGAGCAAGAAGGGAGCCGGCAAAGGCAAGCAGAAGGAGGGCGUGCGCCUCUGCGUCCGGAACCUCGGGGAGGCCACGACCGUGGACGGCCUGAAAGAGAUCUUCGAGCCAUACGGCACCAUCCUGGAUGCGGUGGUGAGACUGAACGACGAGACCGGCAAGUGCAGAGGCGUGGGGUUCGUGACUCUCGCCAGCACGGAGGAGGCCACCAAGGCAGCGUGCCUUGCCGCGCCGCAGCGCGGUGCCCGCCGCGGAUCGCCCGAGGCCCUCCCGGAGGAGCCGGCCCCCCAGGCGCUGGCGCCGCGGCGGGAGCUCGAGGCCGCGAUCGACGAGCUGCUCGCAAGGCGGGACGGGGACGGAGUGAGGGACAGCGAGCACGGAGCGAGCACGGAAGCCACCGUUUGGGGCGAGCCCCGCGCGAGGCACCACCAGGAGCUCCGGCGCGGUCUCGCGGCUCUCGUCGCCGGGGACUCGGCGGAGCGGCAGCUGCCCAGGCCCUCCGUAUGGGACGACGACGACGACGACUCGGACGCGGACGACAUCCUCGACAGCAUGCUCAAGAUGCCGAGCAGUCCCCACUCACCAUCGAAGAUAGCCAAGGUGGUCGGGCUGGGAUCGGGCGCGCAGCUUCAAGCGUCGGUGACCCUGAAGCUGAGGGCACAGCGCGGCAAGGACUGGCAGUCGAGAUUGUUGCGACUGGUUUCUCAUCCGGUGUACGAGGCGGCCAAUGCUGCCGUUAUCAUUCUCAACGCCCUCGCCAUCGCGUGGGAGACAGAGCAUUCGGCGCAGCACGUGCCACGAAGCGAUCAUCCUGUCCACUUCGAUGUGUUCAUGUUUACCUUCUGUGCCCUGUUCACGGCCGACCUCAUCCUGAACAUGCUAGCACAGGGCUUAUUUUUUUGGAACUCGACAGACUGGAAGUGGAAUUGGUUCGAUCUCCUCGUAGUGGUAUUGGCGAUCGCUGAGGCCAUCGCCUUCGUCGUGGGAUCGAGGGGUAGCAUGUUGUCCAAUAACUCGGUGCUACGCGUGCUCCGGCUCGUACGAGUCUUGCGAUUCGUGCGGGCACUCCGAUCGCUCAUAUUUUUCCGAGACCUGCGCAUCACGAUUUCUGUCUUGAGCGGAGGGCUUAUGCCGUUGAUGCCCUUGGCGGUCAUGUUGGGUCUAAUAUUCAUGGUUUUCGGAAUAGUUCUCACUGACGGAGCGAGCCAGCACAUGAUCAACCAUCAGCAUAGUUAUGAUCCCGGGCUGAAGAAAUAUUACGGCAGCGUGUUCUUGACCAUGGCCACUCUUUUCAAGACGAUCACGGGUGGCAUAGAUUGGGAGGUAGCCGUGGAGCCACUAGAGAAGAUGCCUGGUAUGUACACCGUGGUGUUCUACGUUUACGUGACAUUCUCAGUGUUUGCAUUGUUGAACGUCGUCAACGCAAUCUUUAUCGAUUCCACACUUCAGAGGUCCAAGCACGAUCGCGAUUACGUUGUACAGACAGAGAAGGAUGGCAACCGAUCGGUCUUGGCCAUGACGGAGAGGCUCUUCGUGGAGCUAGACAUUGACAACACAGGCACGAUCAAUCUCUCAGAGCUGCAAAACCGCAUGCGCGAUCAAAAGGUGAGAGCCUAUUUCAAGGCCAUCGGCCUGAAUAUCUACAAGGUGAAGAAACUGUUCCGGCUCAUGGACACCGACAGAUCGGGCAGCAUCGACCGCGUCGAGUUCCAGAGGGGGUGCGAGCGCCUGCGCGGCGAGGCGAGCCAGUUGGACCAGGCAAUCCUCCAUUACCAGAUGAAGAUGUUGUCGAGGGACGUCGCCGGCGUCAAGCACCUGCUGCGGGGACCGCCCGGCGACGGGCCGCGCAUGGAGCCGCCCUCCUCCUCCUCCUCCUCCUCCUCCUCCUCCUCGCGGGACGUCGCCGUCGUCGAGCACCUGCCGCGGGAACCGCCUGGCGACGGCCCGCGCACGGAGCCGCCCUGCGAGACUGGUGGGCUGAGGGUCGCCGCGCUCCCGCAGUAG